AGUUUCCGUUCUCGCGAGAGUUGGACUGUAGCUAAUAGCAGGCUGUUAGCUUCUUUAACACGCUGCCGAUUCUUCUGUUAUCUAUAUUAUUGGAAUGACUGAGAUGGAAGGCCUUGAAGGCACCGGUGAGACAGAGAAGCCCAGACAUCGGCCUUUCUUAAUCGGUGUUAGCGGGGGAACGGCCAGCGGGAAGUCAACGGUUUGUGCCAAGAUCAUGGAGCUGUUGGGUCAGCACAAAGUGGACCACCGCCAGAGAAAGGUGGCCAUCAUCAGCCAGGACUGCUUCUACAAUGUGCUGACUCCCGAUCAGAAAGCUAAAGCCCUUAAAGGACAGUACAACUUUGAUCACCCAGAGGCAUUCGAUAACGAGUUGAUGUACAAAACAUUGAAGGACAUCGCAGAGGGGAAGGCAGUGGAGGUGCCAACAUAUGACUUUGUCACCCAUUCCAGGUUGGAAGAAAGGAUCACCUUUUACCCAGCGGAUGUGGUCCUCUUUGAGGGGAUCCUUGUUUUCUACCCCCAGAAAAUACGUGAGAUGUUCCACAUGAAGCUCUUUGUGGACACAGAUUCAGAUGUCAGGUUGUCCCGAAGAGUCCUGAGAGACAUGAACAGAGGGAGGGACCUGGAGCAGAUCCUAAACCAGUAUACGACAUUUGUAAAGCCUGCUUUUGAAGAGUUUUGCCUGCCUACUAAAAAGUAUGCAGAUGUCAUCAUUCCAAGAGGAGUAGACAAUAUGGUGGCCAUCAACCUCAUCGUUCAGCACAUUCAAGAUAUUCUAAACGGAGACAUUUGCAAGUGGCAGCGUGGGAAUAUCAACGGACGGGGCUACAAAAGGGUGACUUCGGAGCAGGGGGACCUGCAGAACGGAUCCACUAACCCUCCAAUUAAGAGGGUCCUGCUGGAGCCCAGCAGUCGGCCUCACUGACACUGAAUGGAUUUAGAUGUGUGUUAUGAAGGAAUGGGAACAGAUAGACUGUGGAGGUGGGGUGAAAACUACUGCUACUGUGCCAGAAUCUCACACACCCACUGAAUUAUUUGGUAAUAUAUAUUAGCGGUUUAAUGUAACAGGUUUUGACAUCUGGAACCCCGAUUUAUUCGUUGUUAACAGGGUUUCUACACUGUCUGGGAUUUCCUGGGAUGGUAUGGAAAAAGGAAAUAAUUUAACAUUUCCAGACCUUAAUCCCUAGAAUUAUAAAUGUGCUCUUCCUCCUUCAUUCAUUCCAUUCGCUCUACCUUCUACCAUCCUCAUAAAUCCUUGCAUCUUUCCUAAAUCCUUUCCUUCUUCAACACGGUAAUUUAUUUUUUCCAGUUUCCAAAACAAAAAUCUGCACACUUUAGAAACAACCAUAGCUGUAUUGUAAAUUUGUGUAUUUUAUAAUUCAAAUGAGCAUAAUGGUCUAAAGUCAUGUCUAGAAUGCUGGGUCUGAAAUCUUUAUGUAUAAGAUGUGUAGAAACCCUGUUUAUAGUAAUCAGUAUUCUCUUGAGGCGUCAUUGUUUUAAUUUUUAAAAUGGGUAAAUAGGUGGUUAUUAAACCAGGUCUUAUGAGUGAUAGAAAAUGCUUUUGCACUUUUAAAUGUGGUUUGAUGGUAGACUAACAUCUUCCUCACUACUUUAAGAAGUAUUAGUGCAUUUAAAGUAAAAUGGUACAAAUACCACACUGCAAAAAUGAUCUAGAAAUAAGUAGAAAUGUCUUAAAUUAAGUGUGUUUACCCUUAAUUUGAGUAGGUAAAUAAGAUGAUUGCCAACGGAAUGAGUAUUUUUUUACUCUUGAAAUAGGAAUGAGAUAAUAUGCACUUGAAAUAAGACAAUGCAAAUCUUUUUUUCUCACUUACCUCCUCAAUUCAAGAAGAAAUGCACUUAAAGAAAGAAGUUACUUAUUUAGAUUUCAAUUUUCUGCAGUGCACGUAGCCGAGUAGUUGUACCUGUUCUGUAACAGCUUCUUAAAGGAGCUGCAGAAACAUUCAUACCCAUUCAGCAUUUUGCCAGCUCAUAAACCUUAAUGGCUUUUGUGAGACAGACACUAAUUGGUGUGUGUUGUGUAGACAAAGAGAACUGACACAUGGCUUCCUAGGCUUGUUCAAAACCUGAGAGGCGUUAGAUGUAAACAAGGAAUAAAACCAAUAGGCAAUAUGCCACUGGUUAGGCAAAAUUGAUGAAGAGCUUUAAUAAUAUUCAUCCAGGUCAUGGUAAAGCUUGGAAAAAGUUCAGUCUAGGCAACUGGAUUCAAUAACAAGAAAAAAAAUGCUGGAUCUUAACCUGUAAUUUAAUGUUUUUUUUCUGCCAGAAGAUGCAGAAUUAGGUAGAUUUUAUUAAUUGUAAAUUCACACACCAGUCUGAUCACUGGAUGGUUGCAACGUUUUAGUGAUCGUUGGUGUAUAUAUAUAUAUAUAUAUAUAUAUAUAGACUAAGAAUCAUCAGUUAACUGCUUCUAGUUUAAUGUCUUAAGUCAUAAAGGUAUGAAUUCAACAGGCAGCAGCAGUGAGGAAUAAAAAUAGGUUAAGAUAUUAAAAGCUGGUAGAUACAACCCAAAAGCUGCUUACAAAUGUACGCCACACUUUUCAGAUUUUAAUUUGUGAACCCUUAAACUAUUUUCGUCUUCCUUUACUAUAAUUUUGCACCAUCUUGGUUUCUAACAGAUUCUGUUAAAAGUACAUCAGCGG